GGAUAUGAUAGCACGUCCCUCUUGAAGAGCUAGUCGUUCUACCCUCCUUGAAAAUGGACGCGGGAUUUUUCCGCGGCACCAGUGCGGAGCAGGACAAUCGUUUCAGCAACAAGCAGAAGAAACUGUUGAAGCAGCUGAAAUUUGCAGAAUGUCUGGACAAGAAGGUGGACAUGACCAAGGUCAAUUUAGAGGUCAUCAAACCAUGGAUCACCCAGCGCGUGACUGAGAUCCUUGGGUUUGAAGAUGAUGUCGUCAUAGAGUUCAUUUUCAACCAGCUGGAGGAGAAGAAUCCAGACAGUAAGAUGAUGCAGAUCAACUUGACUGGUUUCCUCAACGGGAAGAAUGCACGGGAGUUCAUGAAGGACCUCUGGCCGCUGUUGCUAAGCGCCCAAGAGAACAUUGCAGGUAUUCCUUCGGCCUUCCUGGAGCAGAAGAAAGAGGAGAUCAAGCAGAGACAGAUUGAGCAGGAGAAGCUUGCCUCCCUGAAGAAAAUUGAAGAAGAAAAGAAGGAGAACAAGGAAAGCAAAGAAAGGGCCGUGUCCAAGAGCCCCAAACGGAGAAAGUCACGAUCUCCAUCACCACGGAGACGCUCUCCUGUGAAGAGAGAGCGGAAACGCAGUCAUUCUCGUUCCCCUCGGCGUAAGCCCAGUCCUGCAGCCUCACCUCCUCCCAGCCCGUCCAAACGACAGGAGGAUCCCCAGCCUGAACCUGACCAGUCAGAAAGCUCCAAGCCAGAGCCGCUCGUCCAAGAGGUUUCCUCCACCUGUGACAUGGUAAGUGAAAUGAAGCCUGAUUCAGUCACGGAGGUUAAAGAACAGUCUCCAGAGAAAGUUCUUAAAAAGGAGGACAAACCCAGACCCAGAGAGCGAGAGAAGGACAGUCGUAGAGAUCGCCCACGCCACCGUUCUGGAUCUCACUCCCGCUCCCGCAGACGACCCAGGUCACGCUCACGGUCAUAUUCACCCAGACGCAGACAGUCUCCACGGAGACGCAUAUCCCCAAGACGAAGAAGCCCCCCCAGACGGCCCCAUCCAAGUUCAAGACACAGACGCAGCCGUUCACCGGUUCGGAGGCGGCGCUCUCGCUCAAGAUCUUCCUCAGGUAGUUCGUCCUCUUCCUCACGUUCUCCUCAGAAGAGAGCUGUGAAACGCACAUCCAACACACCUCCUAGGAAGGUGCCACGUAAUGCUGACACUUCUGUUAGCCCCGUGAGAAGGAGAGGUAGAAUCUCCCCGGGCGGUGACUCCAGUCCCCCAGGAAAGGGCCGUCGCUCGGUCUCCCCCCACGGCAGGAGGAGCCGAGCCUCUGUCUCUCCAUCCAAGUCAGCAGGUUCAAAACGAAAACCAGGCGGCAGGAACGAGUCUCCAUCCCCAGGCCCAAAGACGAGGCGUUCAGACCUGUCAGAAUCCGAGGAGGAUAAAGGUGGGAAAGGGGCUACGGCCGAUUCUGUGCAGCAGAGACGUCAGUAUCGCAGGCAGAAUCAGCAGUCAUCCUCAGAUACUGGUUCAUCAUCCUCAUCAGAUGAUGAAGGACCUAGACGGCCGGGGCAAGGACUGGUGUCAAGAAAUGGAGAGAUCAGGAGGAGGCGCAGUCAUUCACCAGUGUCACCUAGGAGACGGUACAGAGAUUCAUCCCCGAGAAAGAGACGCAGCCCAUCUCCUCAUCGCCACCGUUCGCCCUCCCCAACCAGGCGCCGCCGAUCUCCCUCACCACCUCCCAGGCGCAGGUCUCCCUCACCUCAUCUGCGCAGACGCUCUCCGUCUCCAAGGCGUUACUCUCCCCCAAUCCAGCGCCGCUACAGCCCCUCACCUCUGCCCGCUCAGAAGAGACGGACUUCCACCAGUCCUCCACCUAAACGCAGGGCGUCCCCCUCCCCAGCACCACCCAAACGUCGCUCUUCUAGAUCUCCCAGACGCCGCAGCAGCCCUAGUAGUAAGAGACGCACCCCUCCGUCAUCCGCCUCUCCCCCUCGAAACAGAAGAAGUCCUCCGCUGCCAUCUUCCCGGCCAGGGAGGGACACCCGAUCCCCUCCUCCUGCCCACGGUUCCCAGCUCUCACCCUCCCCCGCUGCUCGAGGACACGGUGGACGGGGUUCUGCUAGCCCACAGCAGCGGUACCCAUCCUCAGGUUCCCCUCUGCAGGGACAGAGGCGCCAGCAGUCCCCGUCUCACGGCAACAGACCCAUCCGCAGGGUGUCUCGCACACCAGAGCCACGCAAAAACCAAAGACGGUCUCAGAGCCCUCAGGUGAUAAGGAGGCAGGUGUCUCGCUCUCCAUCACCGUCCCCUCCUCCCCAGGUGGCUCCGAAGCGUCCUGCACCGGCCUCUGCUUCCCGCUCUCCCUCCCGCUCAGCCAGUGGCUCUCCUGCUCCGCCUGCUAAAAAGGCCAGCAGUGGCUCAGCCAGCCCCUCCCCUAACAAGAACUCAGAUGUUGAAGCUGGGAAGAAAAAGAAGAAAAAGAAGGAGAAGAAACAUAAGAAAGACAAAAAACACAAGAAACAUAAGAAGCAUAAGAAAGAGAAGGGUGGAGCCGUAGCAGCUGGUGACAGCCAAGACAACCCGGAUGCGGAGGGUGAUUCCGACCUUAAAAAGGAAUCAGACAGUGAAGUAGAAGACAGUCUGGAUGACCUGGAGAAACACCUGAGAGAGAAAGCUCUUCGCUCCAUGAGGAAAGCCCAGAUGUCCCCUACCCAAUCCUGAGGAAGGCUCCAGACCACCUCUACCCCCUCCUCACCAAAUCUUCCACUCUGUUUUUCUUAUUUUAAGUUUCACAUUUGUUCAGCUUUAGAAUGUACAAAUUGUUAAUGCUCUAGGAAUUUUUGUUGUUUCUACCAUUGGUUUGACAUAAUGUAGGUAUGUAUUGGCAGGGUUUUUAUCAAAUGCAAAAGAAUUACAGCUGAGCUGUUUAAAGCAUGUUUCCCAGUUCUUCUCACCCCAGCAAAAAUGAUACGGUGAACAUACCCAUGAUUUAAAAAUUACCCUUUUGUUUUUCUCUCUCCCCAUUCCACCUUAUUUUCAUAUAUGGCAAAGGAGAGAAAUGGCUCACAAUUCAGAGUUUUCACUGUUUGUGAGCUAGCUAGCAAAUUCUAACACUUUCACCAGACGGACUGAGGGUUAUUGACAUUGCACGUACAGCAGACCACAGUGUGAUUGGUCCUUUGUGUGCAUGAAGCUUACCAUAAACAAACAAGCGAAACAGAUCGAAGCUGUCACUCACUCCUUUUGUUAGGGAGAGCAUUGUCCUGCUUUCUGUUGUUCUACUCUGCUACUCUCUACACUGUAAAAUGGAGAACAGUCUCUUUUGCUGUUUUUUGUUUUGUUUUGCUUUUGAAAUUUUCCCCUCUCCUGGUAACCUUUUAAGUUUUGUUUGUCAUUGUUUAAACUUACCUAAAGUUCUGGCUUUAAAAAAGUCACAUUAAAACAAAAUCUUUCACAAACUUGCAUCUCCAGUUCUGCUUAAAAAUUGCAGUCUUUUUUUUUUUCUUUUUUUUUUUUAAACAACUGGUUUUGUUCACAUGCAUGGUCUUGUAAAUCUCGAAUGAUUUGUUUUCUCUGGAGUGACCUUAGACCAGUACUUAUGCAUUUAAAUAUUUUGAUGUACACUGUUUAGAUGAUCUGUUUAAAUUGUUUGUACUUUUGAGGGGAAUAAUUUAGCACAGCAUGCAAUAAAAUUCCAAAUGUG